ACAGUGUGAAGGGAGGAACGACACACCAGACUUGGGAGGAAGAGGAGAUGGCGGAGCUGUGCUAGUUUCGAGUGUUAGCGUACAGUAUCAAUAUUAUAUUCGGCUCACAGUUUGUCAAACAAGUGAUCAUUUUCAAACUCUCAACGUCCAUCCAACAUGGCCGAGCAAAUCAGCAACGUUAGAUAUCAAGAGCUGUUGAAUGAGGAGGAGCCAGCAGUUGCCCAGCCUCCCCAGGAGGAAGCAGCUGUCCUGGAAGCCCCUCCCCCCUACAGCAGCAUCUCAGCUGCCAACGCAGCGUUCUUUGACUACAAGGAGGAUGCAGGCAGGUUCCCCAACCCCCCGUCCUACAACGUGGCUACCACACUGCCCUCCUAUGAUGAAGCAGAGAGGACCAAAGCUGAGACUGGCGUGCCUCUGGUCCCUGGCAGGGUCGUGGAGGAUGACUUUGACGAUACUGACCAGCUGCGGAUAGGGAAUGAUGGCAUUUUCAUGCUCACCUUCUUCAUGGCAUUCCUGUUCAACUGGAUUGGUUUCUUCCUGUCCUUCUGUCUGACCACUUCUGCAGCCGGUCGGUACGGAGCCAUCUCUGGGUUCGGCCUGUCUCUCAUUAAAUGGGUUCUCAUAGUCAGGUUUUCCACCUACUUCCCUGGCUACUUUGAUGGGCAGUACUGGCUGUGGUGGGUGUUCCUGGCAAUGGGCUUCAUGCUGUUCGUCAGAGGGUUUGUCAACUACUCCCGGGUUCGCAAAAUGGCCGACCCCACUUACACCACACUGCCCCGAACGAGAGUCCUGUUCAUCUACUGAAGCUGGUUAUUGAAUAAACAAACCGUCCCUGGAUCUGGAUAAAGAAUCUUGGAUGUUUGAAAAGCAUCACACCGACAAAAAAGCAACAAAACUGCAAAAGUCUAAAACCAAACUCCUCAGAUACCCAUCACCACGCGGCCAAUCACCACGCGGCCCAUCACCACGCGGCCCAUCACCACGCGGCCAAUCACCACGCGGCCGGAUGGAAAAACACAACGAAAUCUUGAUGAAGACAACUCUUGUAACAUUCAGGAAUUAAAUAAGUAUCUUUUAUUAUUUUAUUUGAAAACUUCAUUAAUGGAUUAUGGUAGUCAUUUAACUAUGUACUCAUUAGUGGCGAAUGUUGUGCUAUUUUACAUGUUCAGUCUGUAAUGUAUGGGUAAUGCCUUCUAUCAUUUGAUGGUGGUGUAUUAGCAUGCAUCUGCCCCUCAAGCCAAUAGGGAUCAGUCUUAUUUCGGUAACACUUUGUUCAAAGCCCACAGGUAUAAUGCAUUACAAUGCAGUCAUAAUGCACUAUAAGACUUGUCAUAAGCACCUUUAUGUUUUCGUAUCAGUUCAUAGUAAUCAUGAGAUCAACCAGUUCAGGAUGGAAAAAAAUAGUCACAUAUGGCAUUACAAUUUGAGUUUGUAAUAAAACAUAUUGACGUUUUAUACAUGCUUAUAACAAGUAAUUAUGCCCAAUACCUGUCGGCUCCAUAAGAAGCCUUAUUUCUAGCCAAUAGAGGGCAGAGUUCUAUGCUACAUUUUGAGUCAUUAAUUAUUCCUAUAAGACAGAAUCCUACCUUUUACGUUUGAGGUAUGUGCGCACAUAAAGUAUCGUACGUGCACAUCUGAAGGUAAAGAUGUCGUGCAAGUGUUUUUGUUGUACAAGUCAUGCAGUUUUAUUGUUUAGUGUAGAGAAUUACCACAUUAGGUAUGUAAACUAACUAUGAUGCUAUCAUAAAAUGUAAGCAGGUGCACUUUCAGAAACAUUCUAAUAAAACCCCAGGGAGUUCCUCCCAAUGGAAACGGACAUAUUAUCCAUGCAAUCAACUAUACAUGACCAAACGGUAGUACCUGUAGUUAUUCAGUGAGUACAGAGCUUUCAUAAGGGUGAUAUGGCAAUUUAUAAGUGGUCUAUGACCAUACUAAUUAGAUGAAGUAAGAAGACAAGAAAAUAUACUCUUACUUGUCGAUCUUUCUCUUUAAGCAAUUGUUGGCAAAUUAUUAACUAAAUUCUCUCAAACCCGCUCUAACGGACCCCCCUGUAUGCCAGCCAGUCUGUUUUAAACCAGUUGUUUAGAUUUCUUGCUUAGCCCUGUAUGUGGAAUGGUACAGCGCAGCUAAGAUCCAAACCCAGUCCGAGACACACACAGCUCUGAUCUCUGUGGGAAGUGGUACAGCUGGAUCCUUGGGAUUUUAUUGUUAUGAGAUGUUUUAAACUGUAAAAAAGCUUCAUGUCUAAUAAAUGUCACUUUUUAAAAGA